AUGUCUAUAACAACUUGCCAGAAGGUUACUCUCAUAUCAUGCUCCGUUCUCUGUGUUUCUCUUUUCCUGCCCAGAAUGCUUUUACCCAGAGGGAGGAAGGAGAUGGAGCAGCCGGAGGUUGGGCCUGGAUUUUACCCUCCUCUGAUGCAUCGGCUGUCUCUACCAGACGACCCCGAGCUGUGGGGGUCUGACCCCUCGUACUCCAUGACACACAUUGCAGAGGCCAUGGCCAAAGUAAAGGUCAUAGGUCAAGGCAAAAAAUACAACCUGAUGGCUCAAGUGAUUCCAAUAUACGGCUUUGGAAUCCUUCUCUACAUCAUCAAUAUAAUCUACAAGCUGACUUGUAAGAAUAAGACGAAAGAAUCAGGAAACAACACAACUGUUACCGAGACACACUUGGAAAACCCAAUGACAACAAAUAACGAGCUGGCCCAUCUUCAGGAGAAACUGCUGCAUGCCGAGAGGAUGAUGGAGAGGAUUGUCUCACGAAAGAGCUCGGCCUCUGGGAGUGGCAAAAGGAGAAAGAGUAAAACUACAACAUCAAAGAAGGAGGAGAAAUUACUCAGGCAACUUCGACAGAUCUCCCUUCGGAUGCAAGACCUGGAGGGAGCCACCCCGGAGAUGGAGGCGGAGGAGGUCCCCUACAGUGCAGACUGGGAAGGCUACCCAGACGAGACCUACCCAGAAUACGAUGACAAUCCCAGUGUCAGACGUGGAUUUGACACCGUGACGGUUGAGUUGCCCCGCUACCAGCCCACUGCCGAGGCCCUGGCUGAGAGGAUGGAGCAGGAGGAGGAGGAGAUGAUGGCAAGGAAGCUGUCCAUAGUGCACGAGGAGGAUGAAGAGCAAGAGGAGGAGGAGGAGGAGGAGGAGGAGGAGGAGGAGGAGGAGGAGGAGAAUGAAGAUGAAGAAGUGGAAGAAGCAGUGGAGGACGUAGAGGUGGUCGAAGAAGUGGAGGAUGAAGAGGAGGAGGAGGAGGAGAAAAGGCUGCUGCUCAGUCCUCAUUUAUCGAGGCCUGCUGCAGAGAAGAAGCAGGAGAGACUCGGUUUGGAGGUGAGCAAAGAGCUGCAGUGUCAGAAUGGAGGGAAGAAGCAAAUAACCUUCAGUGACCAACAGGAUGUGUUCCGCUACCCUCAAGAGGGAGAGGAGGAAGAGGAGGAAGAGGAGGAAGAGGAGGAAGAGGAGGAAGAGGAGGAAGAGGAGGAAGAGGAGGAAGAGGAGGAGGGGACAGAGGUAGAAGAGGAGGAGGCCGAUGAAGAUGAUCCAGUGAUGGAGGCAGAGAGUCUGCUGUUCAGCUGUGAAGGUUGCCCGAACCCGGAGGAAGAAGCAGAGGAGGAUAAAGAGGAGUAUUUGUUAAUGUCCGAGGAUGAUGAAGGUCAAACACAGGCAGACGUGCCCAAAGAAGUGAGCGGGCUGAGGAUGAGGAACAGGAGAGAGACGUAG